GGCUUCAGUUGAAGCUUACUCUCUGCGGCGUUGAGAGCUCUGCUCAGUCCACACACGUAUCAAGUGAAGUUUUGUCGGUUUUGUUCGCGAUUACGUUUUGGCAGCGCGCGCGAUUUAUUCGGUUCGUAACUUUUACAAGUGACGAUUACUGUGCACUUUGCAUCGGUCAACAAUUAUAAUCAGCUUUAGCAGAAGGAAAAAAAUAAGUACGCUGGAAGUGCACUAUUUGCUGUUGAUCAAUGCGCGGUUCUGCAAGUCGCGUGUGAAGUGCAUAUGGGGUAACGAAAGAAGACGAGUGUUAUUGUGCUUGCAUUUGUAAUUCGCGCGACAAAAGCGCGCACCAAUCGACGAAAACCGGUGUGGUGUGAAUAAUUAUUGCUGAUUUCAAAAGAGAAGAAAAAAAAUCGCAAUCUGAGAGGUGCAGUUCUGUGUGUUUUACUAUUGUCGAUGUUGUGACGUUGUUGAAGACGUUCCAUGCGCUGCGUUGUCCAGAUGUGGACUAAAUUUAAAAUCUAACGCGACUGGCGUCUCGUCGUUAUAGUGGGAAGAUAUUUUUGAAGAAGCUCACAAGGAGAGAUUUUCGUUGCCGAAGAGGCAAGAACGACACUUGGAUAUCCGUAUACGCAGUUGAACGAACGAGGAACGAGUCUGGAAGAGCGAUAACGAUGGGAUGGGUGUGAAGCAAUGCUGAUAACAGAUGAAAGUGUCUAAUGAAGUGUUUACUUUAGCCGAAGCAUUCGACCAACGGAAAUCGAGUGGAGACGAAUUUUGCUGUGUUUACCGAAAAAAAGAGCAGUCAUAAGCGAUUCGGAUAACCCAAACAAACCGAUCGCGUUCGCAGUUUUCAAGAGUUUGACCAGUUCAGCAUAAGUGCCUCAACAUCGAUUGUUAAUGCUGCGGCUGCUAUCGUGAUAGUGCUCCGGUUGUUGUGGCUUAUUUCAAAUAAGAAUAAGAGGAAAUUUGUUAGCCUCGAAGAGAAGCAAAAAAAUAUCGAGCAUAUCGAAUGUGAAGAGUGAUUCGAAUUUAUGUGCGAAGCCAAACGGCGACAGUGAAAAGUUGUUUAAGAUUUGUUUUUUUGAGAAUCGAAAGCUGAGAGCUACGCGAGAGUCGGCGAGAACUGGACAAGAAGAGGCAGAAAGGACCAUCGGAGGACGUGACUAAAUUUUAAAACAAACAAAACAUUCGUUCGGCGGACCGGGAUCAGAGAAGAAUUUGCUCCGAACUCUGACGACCGCUUCUGACCGUUGGUGCAUUUGAAUGGUCAGUACGUGCGGGAGGAUCGAUGAACGUUAUGCAGAACCGGCGACGCGUUCGGGCAGUAAAUUGAAUAAAUCAACACUAGAAAAUCCCACAGCUUCAGCUACCGACUGCGAUCACAAAGUCACAUGAAACACACCCUCAAAAUCAACUUUCCAUCCAGUUCCACUGAAUGCCUCCAACGGACCAAGUUCUCACAUUACACAGGCGAUCGGUAUCAACUCCUGCAUCCAGCAGAACCGGAGUCAGCAGCUGUUGGUGAUUGUCGGCACUCCGUAAAGUAAAUGCCCAAACCCAUGUAAAGUGAAGUAAUGAGAACCCAUAAAGAGCUAAUUAUUAUUAAAUCAUCGUUUGACCGGGCCUAAUCGCCUUCACUGCGCCUUAUAGUGUUCCGUAGAGUUCAGAAAAUCGUGAUCCAACUGAGCUUUUUGCGACUCCGGGGGAGGGACGGCUCCGAAGAGGAAAAUUUUAAUGUGAUAAAUGUAACGGUGCAAUAUUUCCCAACGAAGAAACGACGUUGAGGAAAGGUUUCGGCCUGGUGCUGCGAAGAAUAGAAGAAUCUAUUGAGUGUGGAGAGCAGGCGAGCCAUUUGCUGUGUGAGUUAUGGUUGCAAAUUAUCAAUAAUAAAUAAAUUGAGGUGUAAUAAAGCAAUAAAAUAGAGUGAAUCGUGUGUGUGCAACAAGAAACCGGGUGACCAAGGGAAGAAUAUCGUUGCUGGUUCGAAUUGAAAUUGAAUCGGAGUCGACGAAGUGCAUGAGUCAAACGGAUUUCGAGUCGAAACGUGUUUGGUCAGCGAUUUUUGUGUUUAGUAUUUUGCGAAGGAGAACCAAAACAUGCAUUGCUAGCUGCGGAGUGGUUCCAGUGUAGAACAUCAAUUACGAGCUUUCUUCGCGGACACAAUGGGAGUUUUCACAAUAAGAAUGGCACCCACCCGACAUCGCCCGAGCUCCCUCAGCAGGCCAUUGGCCCCAUCCUGGUUGGCCUCCACAGUUCCGUUUGCAAUGGCGACAAUUCUCGCACUGCUGUCACCUCAGGUCCAGGCCGAAAACGACUUCAGAUACAUUUCUUAUCAAGAUCUGCUGCCAACGUCCGAUCGCUUCACGGAUGCCAACGUUACGUCAUUCUCCCGGCUGCUGUUCGAUGUGGCGCGCGAUCAAGUGAUCGUCGGUGCAAGAGACAACCUGUACCGCCUAUCCUUGCAUCUGGACUUACGGGAAAAGAUGCCCUGGGAGGUGACUCUGGCGAUGCGAAAUACCUGCUUGGACAAGGGCCAAAGCGAGGAAGCGUGCCGAAAUCAUAUCAUGGUGCUGGAGAAUUUCGGCAACCGAGUGUACGUCUGCGGAACGUAUGCCUUCAGUCCGUACUGCUCCUGGCGGCAAAUGGAAAACCUAACGGUUACGCGGUAUGACAAGGGCGUUGCCAAGUGCCCGUUCAGCCCGUUCGCGAACAAUACGGCGCACAUGUCUGACAAUGGGAAACUGUACGUGGGAACGACGACGGAUUUCUCCGGAUCCGAUCCGGCCAUUUUAAGGGCGGAUGUUACACAAGAGGGAAGCCGAAUGCUACGUACCAAUCAGUACAACUCCAAGUGGUUGAACGAUCCGCAGUUUGUCGGAAGCUUUGAACAUGGAGAGUUUGUGUACUUUGUGUUCAGGGAAGCUGCGGUGGAGUAUAUCAACUGUGGAAAAAUCGUUUACUCUAGGAUAGCUAGAAUCUGUAAGAACGAUCCGGGUGGUACCCAGAUUCUGAAGGAUAAUUGGACGUCUUUCGUGAAGGCCAGACUGAACUGUUCGUUGCCGGGAGACUAUCCGUUCUACUUCAACGAAGUACAAGGUAUGGUCUACUCGCAGGAAGAAGGCAUCUUGUACGCUACAUUCACGACUCCAGAGAAUAGCAUCCAUGGUUCGGCAAUCUGCGCCUUCAACAUGUCAGCCAUCCACACGGCGUUCUCCGGAGCAUUCAAAUACCAGGAAUCGCUAGGUUCGGCUUGGCAUCGACAAGAUGCUCAGCAUCGUGAUCACUUCGAAUGCCAUGCUGGACCAACUGCCCGCCAUGUAUCGCUGAUUGAUUCGUCCAAAUAUCAACUGAUGGACCAAGCAGUUCAGCCAAUCAUCGGUCAGCCCCUUCACUACACCAAACUGGAACGGUUCAAUCACAUCGCGAUCGAUGUGAUUCCAACCAAACUUCACGAACGAGUUCACGUUAUCUACGUAGCAACGGAUGCAGGUCUCAUAAAGAAGAUAUCCGUUCUACCAAGGACGAAGUCAACGUGCGUUGUCGAAAUUUGGCGUCCCGAGCCCAGCAGUGAAUCUAAGAUCCGAACCAUUCAAUACGUGAAAGAAACGGACUCUCUGUAUGUGGGCACUGACACGGCUUUGAGCCGGAUAUCCUCGCAUCACUGUAAUCGGCACUUGUCCAGGUUGAGUUGUCUAAACUCCAUGGAUCCGUAUUGUGGAUGGAACGAACUACAAGAGGCUUGCACGAUCGCACCUAACGGAGAUACUCUUGCAAAGUACUGGAUACAAAAUGCUACGGAAUGUCCUGUGCUAACUGCUCCCGUCGACGGAGGGUGGUCCGCUUGGUCCGACUGGAGUAAAUGUGCGCAAUCCAAUGGACAUGUUCAUCCAAUUAACACCAAUGAAGACUUUUCCGCCAACGCAGAUUCUUGCCUCUGUAGAACCCGAACGUGUGACAAUCCCUCACCUAAAAAUGGAGGACGAUCGUGUACGGGAAUGAGUAUAGCCGUCACUAACUGUACCGUUCAUGGCGGUUGGACCGACUGGUCGGCGUGGUCAGCAUGCUCGCAAACCUGUGGAAUGGCGGUCAAAACACGGCGAAGAACAUGCGGCAAUCCCAAGCCUGCUCAUGGCGGCCGAGUUUGUGUUGGCCCAGAUCGUGCGGAAAUCUACUGUUCACAUUUGCCUCCGUGCCCUGCUCCAAAACAACCUCCGAUUGAUGGAGGUUGGGGACCAUGGGGAGUCUGGGGAGAAUGUAGCACACCUUGCGGCGGAGGGUAUCGCAUCCGAAGAAGGAAAUGCGACGAUCCGACCCCACAGAACGGAGGUAUGGAGUGCCCGGGAUGCCACUUGGACUACGAAGUUUGCAACACGCAUCAAUGCCCGGAUGUAAAGCGAACGGGAGCGUGGACACCUUGGCUAACUGUAUCGAAUGGCACUCUACCAAAUGGGGGUUACGUGGAGAAACGAUUUAGGUACACGUGCAAGGCACCGAUCGCAGACUCGUCACUGUUGAAGAUCAGUCCGAAGGAGGAAACGAGGGUAUGCCACGCCGAUGGGUCUUGUCAGCGAUCCAGUGACGGCGGCUACGGUGCAAGCGAAAGCGAAGAUGGUUGGAGCGAGUGGACCUCGUGGAGCAGCUGUAGCGCUUCCUGCGGUGGUGGACAACAGUUCCGGACGAGAACGUGCGAGAAGGCGGAGUGCGACGGAAUCAACAGGAUGGCGCGAGCUUGUAAUGCUCAACCGUGUAAAGGUGAAUGGGGCUGCUGGAGCGAUUGGUCACCAUGUUCGGUGACCUGUGGGCUUGGGACGCGAACUCGUUCGCGACAGUGUCUAUCGAUGUCGGGCAACGUGAUCUUCGGAAAUGACUGCGAAGGACAAAGCACUCAAUACGAUACAUGUGAGAUGCCUAGCUGCGAUUCAUUCCUCGGCUGGGGUGAGUGGAGUGAGUGGUCUGCUUGCAACACGGACGAUGAGAAGGUUCGGACACGGAAGUGUCUCAUACCGACGCCGGAUCAGAAGAUGUGUCAGGGCAGCGAUCGCGAGAUUCGCAAGUGCCAAGUGGAAAUGAGUAACGAAAUUCCUCACGCCUUGACAGCGAAACCCUCCUCGAUAAUGGCAAUCGUUAUUGGAGUGACGUCGCUUAUCAUCGUUUGCUGUGCUGGAACUGCUUUCAUCACCAUGUACCUGAUGAAGAAAAAGAAUAAGGGCAUCAAAGCGAUUCAGGGUUCGCCAUGCUACGGAUCCUACCCGAAUCAGUACUCUUCACUGCCGACUAAAGAUUACACCGAGAGCCACAAACCGAAGCGCCAAUCGUCGUUCAACGGCCGGAACGAUGCCAGCGGCUCGAAGAUCGCCAACGGCCACACCACGCUAACCAAGUCGAACAACGUCAACGGGGCGGUUCUCGGCAACAACACCCCCAAAGUGCUGGCCAAGUCGUUCAACGACCCGGACACGGCCACCAUCAAGCGAAACUCGCACGGCUUGAACAACAUCCGCCACGCCCGACAGCUGGAACUGGAGGAGGAAAAGUACUGACUAACCGACCGGCCAACUGAAGUCGCGACUGAUACAGUGUGAUUCAACCAGAAACAAGAAGCCUAACGGACAAUCGUUCUUCAUGGGAAUGCCAUUGGUGAUUUUGAAUGUUCAGUUUUAUUUUUGCGGCAGAGAACGAACAAAGGUUCAUUGUGAUCUCAUCAGCAGGCAGUGUCAGAGGAAAGAAAUUAAAAAUAGCAAAUUUUUGUGUAGCUGGAAACGCUCUGAAGCAGACUUCCAUUUUUUGCAAGUGCCACGCCAACUUGUAUGCAAGAAAUUUGAACAGUUGAAUUGGAAACGAGCCCUAUUCUCAUGAAAUCCCAUUCACUUGAAGAUAUAUAUGAUAGAAGAAACUCGGUAGCAAUGAUUCUAAAUUCUAAUGAAGUAGUGCCGGUUUAUUAAUGAAGCGCAGACAAGUAGACGUAACACUUUAAAUUUGUCGUCCAAUUUCUGGUGAUUUUGGCUCUUCAUUAUCAUCAUAGAUCGAACCUGUUAGAAGCAAGGCUGAUGAGUUAAGAUUUAAUCGUCGUUUUAAAGUAUUUGUUAGUACCUACUAGAGAACGGAUUUUACGCAACGGAUUGUGAAUUCUAACCGAGCAAAUCGAACAAUCGCAAACAAACGCUUCAAAUCGCUAAAUAAUGAACAAGGGGCUACAAAUAUUUAACCAAAUGCUAUACUUACGUAGUGUAUAGAGUCGCGCAGAGAAUGCGUUUUUCUACUUAUACAAAUUUCGUUUACAUCAAUCCCACGAUAAUCCUGUGCAGUCUAGCGCUUGCCUCAGCUAACAAAUUGGAUUUAGGCUAUAUAAUAGGGAAAAUAAACUGUUAUACUGCACUCAAAUUAACAGUUAGUUUGUGCCAUUAGGGUAGGGAUAUUAAUGCAGAACAUGGUUAAACACAGGAGCAAUUUAAGAGAAUUUUAAAAGUUAGAUUUACGUAAAACACAAUUCAAUCAUUUUAAAGAUUUUUAAUGUUAGGAACUUAAUAAAAAGAGGUAAAAUUUAAUUUUACUUGUGAUAAAAGGUAGCUCAAAUUGAGCAAAUUUCAAUUGUUUUAAUCGAUAUACAUCGGAUACAGCAAAUGCGAAUAAAGUAGUUAUAAUCAAACUGAGUUCAAACAAAAGACUUGACCGAAAAAAGACAUUGAUAGCAAUUUUGUAAAAAAAAAAACUAGGGACAGUUGAAACUUUUUAGCUAUAUAGUGAUGUAGAAAUAAACAGUUUUGUUAAGUUA